AACAGUACAGUGAAAACAUUUGAGGCGAGAAAUAUGCAAUGUAGUAAUAUAAUCUUCAUUCUUAUGUUUAGGUUUUUUGCGGCUGGCAUCCAUAAGUGUUGCAUUACCACCAUCUGCUGGACUAUUCCUCGCCCCAUCUAUUCCGGCAUUGCCAUGGCAUGUGUGAAAAGGCGCAAGACGGAAAUGUUCCUGAAUGUAGCUGCAUGUGUGAAUAGUGACAAUCACUUGCAGUGCCUGAAAGGUUAUGCCAGUAAUUUACUGGGAACUAUGUGCAAAAAAGGCUUAAGUAACAUUGGGAUAAUAGGAAACAUGGCAUCAGAUGAGUAACUUUAUUUUAAUACUUUAACUACAUGUUGCUGCUAAUAUUUAUGCACUUUUACUUAAGUGGGGUUUUCCAUGCUGUACUUUUAUAAAGACUCUGAAUAUUAUUUUCACUUGUAUGUGUAGGCGUGUAGGUGUGUAGGUGUGUGUUUGGGUGCGAAUAAGGUCUGUUCACCACAUCCGAGGUUAGGACAGGUUCACAGCUCUCCGGUGUGUUUGUUCCUUUGCCCUGUUCGUGCCGCACACUUCCUGUGUAGGCGGGGACUAACUUAGAAGAAGAGGAGGUUUGUGGGAGUAAGGCAUAAAAAAACCACUUACCAGCAGCACCAAAGCCGCAGCUGUAACGUGUUCGGGCGAGUCGGGGACUCCUCGUCCCUUAUCUGAUUUGUAAUAAAGCCUCUGUUAAUAAAGUUUAAGGUCAAAGAUAGCCCAAGCCGCGUUUUAACUGGAAACGUUACGUGGGUGGCACGCUGAAGCCGUGCGGUUUAUUAGCUAAAACAAAGCGGACCCUCAGACCAGUCUUAGCUAGCAGUCUUCGCUUCAGUAACGGUCUUAGUUCGUUAAAAGAGGACACUUUUCGGAGGCAAAUGUCAGUCUGAAUCAACGGAACAACAUUAAAUCAUCAGUAUAAGAUGGAUAUACGGUUACUUUUGAUAGCAACGUUAUCGGCGGUCCUCUGUGGCAGCAGAGCACAGCAAGAGGGAAGCAUAUGCAUCAGAGCAAACGCGCAGUCAUGCGGGGAAUGCAUCCAGGUUGCCGAGACAUGUGGAUGGUGCGCAGAUGAAAAGUUCCUCACUGUCGGUCAGUCCAAGUCGGCCCGCUGUGAUGAUCUUGAGUCCCUGAAGACCAGAAAGUGUGAUGUGUCCAAAAUCGAGAACCCCCGCGGAAGCACCACCAUAAUCAAGGACAAGCCCGUCACCAACCGCAAGAAGGACGUGGCUGAGAAACUGAAUCCUGAGCAGAUCACACAGAUCCAGCCCCAGAAACUCAGCCUGAAACUCAGAUCUGGUGAGCCCCAGACUUUCGAUCUGAAAUUCAAGCGUGCUGAGGACUACCCCAUCGACCUGUAUUACCUUAUGGACCUCUCAUUCUCCAUGAAAGAUGAUUUGGAAAAUGUCAAGAACCUUGGCACCGACCUCAUGAGGGAAAUGCAGGAGAUUACCUCAGAUUUCAGGAUUGGGUUCGGUUCCUUUGUGGAGAAGACAGUCAUGCCUUACAUCAGCACCACACCCGCCAGGCUUCUCAACCCCUGCACAGGGAACCAGAACUGUACGAGCCCCUUCAGCUACAAGAACGUCCUGAAGCUGACAGACAAGGGAGAUGAGUUCAAUCGGUUGGUCAGUCAGCAGCAGAUCUCAGGAAACCUGGAUUCUCCAGAGGGGGGUUUCGAUGCCAUCAUGCAAGUGGCAGUCUGUGAGGAGCAAAUCGGCUGGAGGAACGUGACUCGUCUGCUGGUGUUUUCCACUGAUGCUGGUUUCCACUUCGCUGGAGAUGGCAAACUGGGCGGCAUCGUCCUGCCCAAUGAUGGAAAGUGCCAUCUGGAGAACAACAUGUACACCAUGAGCCACUAUUAUGACUACCCCUCCAUCGCCCAUUUGGUCCAGAAACUGAGUGACCACAACAUCCAGACCAUCUUUGCAGUCACUGAGGAAUUCCAGCCUGUUUACAAGGAGUUGAAAAAUCUAAUUCCCAAAUCAGCUGUCGGCACGCUGUCGUCCAACUCCAGCAACGUGAUCAAACUCAUUAUUGAUGCCUAUAAUUCUUUGUCAUCUGAAGUCAUUCUGGAGAACAGCAGGCUGCCAGAAGGAGUUUCAAUCACCUACAAGUCCAUCUGUAAGAACGGUGUGGAGGGAACCGGGGAGAACGGCAGGAAGUGCUCCAACAUCUCCAUCGGAGAUGAGGUGUCCUUUAAGAUUUCCAUUGAAUCCCAGAAAUGUCCAUCAAAUGGCAAGUCUGAGGUCAUUAAAAUCAAACCGCUGGGCUUCACUGAGGAGGUGGAGGUAGUUCUGGAGUUCAUCUGCGACUGUGAGUGCUCUAUAGAAGGCAAACCUAACAGCGAGAAGUGCCAUUUCGGCAACGGGACCUUCGAGUGUGGAGCCUGCAAGUGUAAUGAGGGACGCAUCGGGCGUCUUUGUGAGUGCAGCAAAGAUGAAGUACGAACAGAGGAUCUGGAUGCCAACUGCAGAAAAGACAACGGUACAGAUAUCUGCAGCAAUAACGGUGACUGUGUCUGCGGCACCUGCGAAUGCAAGAAGAGGGAGAACCCCGCAGAGAUCUACAGCGGCAAGUACUGCGAGUGCGACAACUUCAACUGCGAUCGCUCCAACAACAAGCUCUGUGGAGGACAUGGACGCUGUGAAUGCAGGGUGUGCAUCUGCGACGCUAACUACACAGGCAGUGCCUGCGACUGCUCCCUGGACACAUCCACCUGCCUUGCCAAGAACGGACAGAUCUGCAACGGCCGUGGGACUUGCGACUGCGGCAUCUGCAAAUGUACCAAUCCCAAAUUCCAAGGUCCAACCUGCGAGAUCUGUCCGACCUGCCCCGGCGUCUGCGCGGAACACAAAGAGUGCGUGCAGUGCCGAGCAUUCCAGGCUGGUGAGAAGAAGGACACCUGUGAGCGGGACUGCAGCUACUUCCAGCUGAUCAAGGUGAAGGACCGCGACAAGCUGCCCCAGCCCACAGACCAGAGCUUCCCACUGACCCACUGCAAAGAGCGAGACGCCAAUGACUGCUGGUUCUACUACACCUACGCCAUCAGGAACGACACCAAGGAGGUCUAUGUGGUGGAAAAUCUGGAGUGCCCAGCAGGACCUGACAUCAUCCCUAUUGUAGCUGGCGUGGUAGCAGGCAUUGUGCUGAUCGGCCUCGCCCUGCUCCUUAUUUGGAAACUGCUCAUGAUCAUCCACGACCGCCGAGAGUUUGCCAAGUUUGAGAAGGAGAAGAUGAACGCCAAGUGGGACACGGGUGAGAAUCCAAUCUACAAAAGUGCCGUAACAACUGUCGUCAAUCCAAAGUACGAAGGCAAAUGAUGGAGCUUUGCCUUCACUGUGACAUCACUGUAUGGAGAACAUGGGCUGGGGUGAAGGGAGGGGCGGGUUUUUAUAAUGCUCUCACUGUUUGUUGUUGUUUUUAUUGUUGUAGUCACAAAAUGAUAGCAUUGCAUUUUGCCACUAUUUCAGAUUGUUUUACUAACUUGUUGUAUUUUCUAUGCAUCUGGAAUCUUCUUGUACAGUCUGUAUGAAUGUGGGGUUUUAUUUUUUAUUUUUUUUUUUUUUUAUUUUUUUGCCUCUGCGGAGUUUGAGAGAAUAUGUUGAACUGAUUCGUAGUUAUUCCGCAACAGGCCUGGUGGGAACAAGGUAACGUUAGCGAGCGUACCUGUUCCUUUUUUAUUUUAUUUUAUUUUAUUUUAUUUUUUAUAUAGAACCAUUAAGCCAUCAGUGUUGUGUUGAGGGUUGAAUUGGAUGUUGAUAAUGGAUAACAAAUGAAGGGUUCCAGUCCAAAUAACUAUGUAUACAAAGUCUACGUAGUUACUGCCAGUACUUCAUCAAUGUUUCAAAAACGAUGGUGAGCAAAGGUGUUCAGAUCUGUUUGCCAUCUGAACAAAGGUCUUAUUCUGUCUGUAAUCAUUUUGAGUAGAUGUCACUUUUUUUUAAAAUGUCUCUUUGGAUUGAAACUCUUCAAAUGUAGCGCAACGCGGCUAUGUCCGGCCGCCAUGAAUUGUGUAUAGUAUGUUUGGGUUCUGUGUAAAGCCAUAUAUGUAUUCACAGAACAGGGAUGAAGGCGACAGUAUGUUUUGUUUUUUUGUUUUUUUUUUCUGAGUGACUUACUACAUCUGAACAAUCAAUUGAAAUGUAUCUUUGUCUAGAAGAAGAAUCCCUAGUCAUGGGCUGCCUUUCUAGAUGAAAGGACAUUAGUGCACACAGUACAGUAGUGUACUAUAUGGCUCCAGGUUUUACUUGCUUAAUUUAAAAGCCAACUCAGGUCCUUUUAAUUCUUCAUAGAAAUGCCAAAUACACAUAAACCUGCCUUAUUUCUAACUAAAUUUGCUUAUAUCGCAAUGCCUUGUUGUACUUGUAGGAUAUGAAUUGGGGAAUGCUCACAUGUUUUCUAAUGUCAGCAAUUCCACGUAACUCCUUUAGUGCCUCGAUCAAACGUUUUUUCUUUUUUUUUAUUAAAAAGAAGCAGAAAUGGUUUUUAAAGAUUAGUGGUAAGGGAAGAGUCUAGUAAUGUCUAGACAUUCUUUUUUUUUACGUUAAGAAAAAAGGUUACACGUUUCACCGUUGUUUUUAAGUGCCUUUUUAAAUUUCAUCAACACAUUCACAUUUGCAAUUCUGUAUUUCAAAAAUUAUUUAUUGAAUAAAGAUUCCAAACAAUGUA